ACAGUUUCCAAAUUGGUAUAAUUGAUAAACAUUUGCACAACUGAUCUGGGGGGUAUUCCAGAAAGCAGGUUAUGUGACAUACCUGGGUAUGUUUAAGGGUAAGUUCGUGGAUAACCUCAACUUUCAGUUCCAAAAACCGAGGUAAAUUUCUGGGUAUGUAACCAUAAUAACUGACUCUCUGAAGAUAACCUGCUCGGGAGCAGUAUCAAUGUGCAGGUAACAACUUAACUUUUUUCCCUUCUUAAAAUCAUUAAAGUCAUUACUUUUUCCACUACAUAGGUAAUAUGUGAGGCAACCCAAAUAUUUACCAAUGUCGAGGCAAAAUGACCAGGAUCUGUGCAUGAUGCCAGAAUUUUCCGCAUUUCAGCAGGGACAGUACAACGGUUACUUGUUGGGGGACAGAGGAUACCCUUGUCUGCCCUAUUUAAUGACACCCUACCCUGAACCUGAGCCUGGACCACAGACACGCUUUAACCUGGCUCACAGCCGAACACGGGCCAAGGUGGAGAUGACUAUAGGGAUCCUCAAAUCUCGGUUUCAGUGUCUGCGUGGGCUCCGGGUUAGUCCAGAGAGGGCAUGUGACAUUAUAGUGGCUUGUGUUGUGCUUCACAAUAUUGCCACUAUAAGAGGAGAGAGCCACCCUCCUUGUAUUGAGGAAGAUGGCCCAGAGGAACACCUACAGACUCUACAGGCCAACAGAGACGGGAGACUUUUGAGAGACAGGAUCUGCAAGGCGGCGGUAUCAGGGACCUCACAGUACUGGAAAAUUGGUGAGAGAGACCUACACUCGAAUGAAACACCUGUACAAGAGAUGAAUGCCCCCUGA